AAGCCUCCAUAGGCCCUCAAGGAUCAGAAACACAAACCCACGUACUCUCUCUCUCUCUCUCUCUCUCUCUCACACACACACACACACACUUUUAGAGAGAGAAAGAGGAGCGAGAGAGAACCAGACCAGACACAGACUGAUACGGAGGGAGAGGGAGAGAGAGAGAGAGAAAAAACUAGUAGAAAAGUAAUCUAAACCCCAUCCUCUCUCUCUAAAUUCUCUUCUUUCUCUCUCUAAAACACCAACCCCAUUCGAUCAAACCCUCCCCUUAUAUACACAAAUAUCUGUGUCUAUAUAUAGGUAUAUACGUAUAUUGUUUGUAUAGAUUGGUGUGUAAUGGAGAGGUACUCGCAGUCGGAUCCGGCGCCGGAAUGGAGGUCUCCGGGGGACGAAACCGGGCUCCAAGAGCCUAUGUGGCAGCUGGGAUUGGGAGGUGGUGAAGAGUCGUACCCGGAGCGGCCCGACGAGGCUGAUUGUAUUUACUAUUUGAGGACUGGGUUUUGUGGGUACGGUUCGCGGUGUCGGUUCAAUCAUCCCCGGGACCGUGGCUCGGCUGUGGGAGCUCUGAGGACGGGCGGAGGGGAGCACCCGGAGCGCGUGGGCCAACCCAUAUGCCAGUAUUAUAUGAGGACGGGAAUGUGUAAAUUUGGCGCAUCCUGCAAGUAUCACCAUCCAAGACAGGGAAGUGGAUCUGCUAUCCAUGUGGCAGUAAAUAUGUUUGGAUACCCACUACGACCGGGUGAAAAAGAGUGUUCGUACUAUGUGAAAACGGGGCAGUGCAAGUUUGGCGUAACCUGUAAAUUCCAUCAUCCACCACCAGCUGGCAUACAAGUGCCAGCACCGACAGCUGGACCUUUGCCCGUGCCACCACCUGUGCCUGCUCCUGGAAUUUAUCCCUCAAUGCCAUCUCCUUCUGUUCCAUCAUCUCAACCAUAUGGAAUGGUAACUGGAAAUUGGCAGGUUGCAAGGCCUACCCUCGUUCCAGGUUUCCAAGGGGCUUACAGUCACGUGCUACUUCCUCCGGGGAUGGUUCCACUCUCUGGUUGGAAUCCUUACCAAGUAAGUGCAGUACCAUCCCCUAGUACCCAAUCCACAGUUGGAGCAGCACCUGUUUAUGGGAUGACACAAUUAUCUCCUUCGGCACCUGCAUAUACGGGAGGUUAUUUACCCUAUCCUUCUCCUGCUGGUCCUUCAAAUAAUAGCCAGAAGGAACACACAUUUCCAGAAAGGCCUGACCAACCUGAAUGUCAAUAUUACAUGAAAACUGGGCAUUGUAAAUUCGGAUCAUCAUGUAGGUACCAUCAUCCGCCUGAAUGGAGUACACCGAAAAUAAAUUUUGCCCUUAGCCCCAUGGGUCUUCCCCUACGUCCAGGUGCACCACUUUGCACUCACUAUGCUCAGAAUGGGGUAUGCAGGUUUGGGCCAUCAUGCAAAUUUGAUCAUCCGAUGGGAACACUGAGUUACAGUCCAUCCACAUCGUCUCUUGCUGAUAUGCCCGUCGCUCCUUACCCUGUGGGAUCUUCAAAGGGUACCUUAGCCCCAUCAUCCUCAUCAUCAGAGUUGAGGCCAGAAUUUAUGUCAGGAUCUCACAAGGAUGCCCCUGCCCUAUCAACCAGGAUGUCUUCUUCUAUGAGCUCCUGGCUUCAAGAAGAUGCUUUGGCCUGCUGCACAGAAAUUCCUUGAUGUGAAGACAAUUGC